UUCGACUGACGCUCCACUGAAGACAGUCACGAUGAAGUUUGUGAUCUUGGCUUUGUUUGUCGCUGGCGCCUACGGGUGCGGCCUGCCCACCUUCCCCCCCAUCCUGAGCAGGGUGGUCGGAGGAGACGACGUGCGCCAGAGCAGCUGGCCCUGGCAGGUGUCUCUGCAGUACAAGAGUGGCAGCAACUUCUACCACACCUGUGGAGGGACCCUCAUCUCCAGCCAGUGGGUGCUGACUGCAGCUCACUGCAUUGGAAGUCGCACCUACAGAGUCUUCCUGGGGAAGCACAACCUGGAGGCCAGCGAGCCGGGCUCCAUCGCCAUGAGCCCCGCCAGGAUUGUGGUCCACGAGGAAUGGGACUCCUACAGGAUCCGCAACGACAUCGCCCUGAUCAAACUGGCCAACCCUGUCAAGCUCUCUGACUCCAUCAUGCCCGCCUGCCUCCCCGCCAACGGCGAGACCCUCCCUCACAACGCUCCCUGCUACGUCACUGGCUGGGGUCGUCUCUGGACUGGAGGUCCCAUCGCUGACAUCCUGCAGCAGGCGCUCCUCCCUGUGGUCGGACACUCCACCUGCAGCAGGAGUGACUGGUGGGGCAGCCUGGUGACCACCAAGAUGAUCUGCGCUGGAGGCGAUGGAGUUCUGGCCAGCUGCAACGGCGACUCCGGCGGCCCCCUGAACUGUCAGAACUCUGACGGUUCCUGGGACGUCCACGGUGUUGUGAGCUUCGGCUCCAGCAUGGGCUGCAACUACCCCAAGAAGCCGUCGGUCUUCACCAAGGUCAGCGCCUACAUCCCCUGGAUCAACCAAGUGAUGACCACCUACUAAGACGCUGUCAUCUCUGGCUACACAAUAAAGAAAAUGUGAACAUUU